AGCCGCUAGGGGCAGGGCGCCGCAGUGCCGUACUAGCGGGCAGCCGCUGAGGACUGCUGCGGGGCCGCGGAUAACGGAGCAGGCAGACGACCCUGGCAUUGCCUAACCCCAGCAGGGCCGCCCAAGCUCUGCAGCGCCCACUCGGGCUGCCAUCUCCUCCCCGAGCGGGCUGCGCGGGCGGGAAGACGCUCAGACGCCGGUUUCGGUCCCCUUUCUGUCUUUUGGUUCCUCUUUCCUCCCAAGUAAGGGAAUAAGCCCUGAGGAAGGAGCGCUCCGGGAAACCGCGCAACCAAGUGUUGCCUGGCGAGAGGGAGAGCAAGGGUUUCUGGAUUUACCUUGACUGCACAUAGAAGGAUGUUCCCUGAGGAAUAGCAGAGGUCUUCGCUCAUCUGCUGGAAGGUACCCACUGCUGCCAUAGACACUUUGGUCCUCGAGAAAUCUCCCAGAGGGCUUGUCCAUCGCAUACCUGCAAUGAGCCAGGCCCUGGGCUGGGCCUCGGCUUCACCCUGGUGAACAAAACUCCAUCCCCAGCCUCAAGCGCUCAGACCCAGCUUAAAGAUGAGUGAAGAACGCUGGGUCUCCCUCACUUCAGAAGAAUUUGACCAACUCCAGAAAUAUUCAGAAUAUUCUUCCAAGAAGAUAAAGGAUGUCUUGGCUGAAUUUAAUGAGAGUGGAAGCAUCAAACAAUUUGGCUCACACGAGACAAUUAGCUAUGACGUCUUCAAGCUGUUCAUGAGGGCAUACCUGGAGGUGGACCUGCCCCAGCCACUGAGCACGCACCUCUUCCUGGCCUUCAGCCAGAAGCCCAGACAGGAGGUCCCUGACCACCCAAAGGAGGGGACCAGAAACAGUGAGGCCAGUGCCCCAGAUUCUAAUAUACAGAAUGUGGAUAAUGCUGCCAAAGCUGAUGAGGCCUGUGCCCCUGAUACGGAAUCAGAGAUCACCGAGAAGCAAGUGCCAGCUAAAGACCAAGGGGCUGCAACCUCCCUGGGAAACCCUGUUGCUCAGUCUUCAGGCUCUGAACCCCCGACCGUGUACCUAAAAGAUGUCGUGUGUUACCUGUCCCUGCUGGAGACAGGGAGACCUCAGGAUAAGCUAGAGUUCAUGUUUCGUCUCUAUGAUUCGGAUGAGAACGGUCUCCUGGAUCAAGCGGAGAUGGAUCGUAUUGUCAACCAGAUGCUGCACAUUGCUCAGUAUCUUGAGUGGGAUCCCACGGAGCUAAGGCCUAUAUUGAAGGAGAUGUUGCAAGGGAUGGACUACGACCGGGACGGCUUUGUGUCUCUACAGGAAUGGGUCCACGGAGGGAUGACCACCAUCCCAUUGCUGGUCCUCCUGGGCAUGGACGACUCUGGCUCCAAGGGGGAUGGCAGGCAUGCCUGGACCAUGAAGCAUUUCAAGAAACCAACCUACUGCAACUUCUGCCAUGUCAUGCUGAUGGGCGUGAGGAAGCAAGGCCUGUGCUGCACAUACUGUAAAUAUACCGUCCACGAACGCUGUGUAUCCAAAAACAUUCCUGGCUGUGUCAAAACGUACUCAAGAACCAAAAGGGGCAGCGAGGUGAUGCAGCACGCGUGGGUGGAAGGGAACUCCUCGGUCAAGUGUGAUCGGUGCCACAAAAGUAUCAAGUGCUACCAGAGUGUCACCGCGUGGCACUGCGUGUGGUGCCGGAAGACGUUUCACCGCAAAUGUGAAUUAUCCACAGUGUGUGAUGGUGGGGAACUCAAAGACCACAUCCUACUGCCCACCUCGAUCUGCCCCAUUACCCAGGACAGGCAAGGUGGGAAGUCUGAUGGUGACGCGUCAGCCAAGGGUGAACUUGUAAUGCAGUACAAGAUCAUCCCCACCCCGGGUACCCACCCCCUGCUGGUCUUGGUGAACCCCAAGAGUGGAGGGAGACAAGGAGAAAGAAUUCUUCGGAAAUUCCACUAUCUGCUCAACCCCAAACAAGUUUUCAACCUGGACAAUGGGGGGCCUACUCCAGGACUGAACUUUUUCCGGGAUACUCCAGACUUCCGUGUCUUGGCCUGCGGAGGAGAUGGGACAGUUGGCUGGAUUUUGGAUUGCAUUGAUAAGGCCAACUUUGCAAAGCAUCCACCAGUGGCUGUCCUGCCUCUUGGAACAGGAAAUGACCUGGCCCGAUGUCUCCGCUGGGGAGGAGGCUAUGAAGGGGGAAGCCUGACAAAAAUCCUGAAGGAAAUUGAGCAGAGCCCCUUGGUGAUGCUGGAUCGCUGGCACCUGGAAGUCAUCCCCAGAGAGGAGAUGGAGAACGGGGACCAGGUCCCGUAUGACAUCAUGAACAACUACUUCUCCAUUGGUGUGGAUGCUUCCAUUGCACACAGAUUCCACGUGAUGAGGGAGAAACACCCCGAAAAAUUCAACAGCAGGAUGAAGAACAAGCUGUGGUACUUUGAAUUUGGCACCUCGGAGACCUUCGCAGCCACCUGCAAGAAACUCCAUGACCACAUAGAGUUGGAGUGUGACGGGGUUGGGGUGGACCUGAGCAACAUCUUCCUUGAAGGCAUUGCCAUUCUCAACAUUCCAAGCAUGUAUGGUGGCACCAAUCUCUGGGGAGAAACCAAGAAGAAUCGGGCAGUGAUCCAGGAAAGCAGAAAAGUUGUCACUGACCCCAAGGAACUGAAAUUCUGCAUCCAAGACCUCAGUGACCAGCUUCUUGAAGUGGUGGGACUAGAGGGAGCCAUGGAAAUGGGGCAGAUCUACACUGGUCUGAAGAGUGCGGGCAGGAGGCUGGCCCAGUGCUCCUCUGUCACCAUCAGGACAAACAAGCUGCUGCCGAUGCAAGUGGAUGGAGAGCCCUGGAUGCAGCCACCUUGCAUGAUUAAAAUUAUCCACAAGAACCAAGCACCCAUGAUGAUGGGACCUCCCCAGAAGAGCAGCUUCUUUUCCCUGAGAAGGAAGAGCCGUUCAAAAGACUAAACAAUGUGCUAAUUGCCAGCUAAACCAAGACAGAAGACAAGAAACUGUAACACACACACACACACACACACACACACACACACACACACACACUCUCCUCUCUAACCAGCAGAAGUUAAGCCACCCUUCACUCUGGCAUACAUUCUCUUUAUUUCAAGAAUGGACAUACCCUAACAGAGCCAGUGCAACAGAACAUUUUGAAUGGACUUGGGGCCCACCAGGGUAUGGUUGGCUCAUGCAGCAAUCUCCACAUUCCCAGAAGGCCUUGGGUGAAGCUUUCCCAGAUUGAAGAAGAACUCCCCCUUCCUUCCCACCAGCCCUGUAAGUUUCCUCAUGGACACUCGCAAGGAGCAGGCUGCAGGUUUCCUGCCUAUGGUGAGAUCGGAUGUGGCCAAGGGAAAGAGCUCCCAUUCCAGAGAGCCUACACAAAGGUGCCUCUGUAAAGAGACAAAUGGCCUCCGACACUCAGAGCAUAACCCUUGGCAGGGCUCAGCAAGCGCACGUUGAGUUCUUGGUCGUCCUUCCAGCGAGAGCAACAGCUUUUCCCUGAACCUGCUGAGGAGGCAGAAAGGCUGUGCAAAGCUGUGUUUCCAUUCUUGGUUCUCUCUGCUGUUAGUGGGCACUUGUUAUUUCCCGAAGCCUUCUCCUGGUGGCUGUGUUUGUUUAGAGACGGCUCCAGGAGCCCCCAGAGCUGCCUGCACAGCAUACCUUAGAUGUGGUAUUUAUUUUCUUAGUCCUGUGAACACCUGGGAGGAAAAGCAGAGAAACUGGGAUUUAUUUUUCAAAUUGGUGUCAUAAUAUUGUAUAAAAAGGGAAGGAAAAAAAACCACCCCCAGCUUCUUUCUUUUUCAAGCCAAAGUGUGUUUCCUGUUUGAGUUCCAAGCCCUGGUGGCAGUCUAUUCCUGAAGGCAGAGAAGUCAGGCGGGAAAGGCCGUUUGCUGAGGAGACCAGGAGACAAACCAUCAGGUGGUUCCUCCAGCCUCUUUGCACGUAGUCCUCCCAGAGUAUGACCUGAGGGCCCUUCUGAUGGUCUUAUUUGUGUACAUAUGUGUUGCAUAUAUAUUUAUAAAUAUAAAUAUUUAUUUACUGAUGGACUUUUCCUGAUUUAAAAAUAUAUAUUUAGCAAAGGAACCGAAAAUGGAAAAGAUAAAGAAGGUUUUUACUCCUCCAUUCCACCAUAUUCUUGUCAAGACAUAUUGCCCUGUGGUGACUGUGAGAUUUAAGGGAAAUGAAAGUAGAUUCUUAUCACAGAGAAACUGAGAAUUUUUAUUCUGGAUCAUUAAAACAACCAUGAAAUAUAUACUGGGAAGGAUUUAUUCUUCCAUUUAUCAGAUAAGAAAACCGAGUCUCAGAAAAUUAAGAGACUUGUCCAUGAUAUCUUGGCUAAUAUGGUUUGGGAAUAGGUGCCACUUAAGAAGAUACAAAAAAAAAAAAAAAAAGGAUACUCGAUAGAGAAAAUAACCACACAUCUUGGAACAGGGUCAUUUCUGGUCACUGAGAAAUGAUUCCAUUUGAAUCCAGGUUGCCAGGGAAGAAUGAAUGUGCAGCACAUGUGUGCAUAGGGCAAGCCCACAUGAGAAAAUGAGGCCUCAUGAUUGAUGCUUCUCAACGAUUCUCUUUGGCCUGAACUGAUGAGAAGUUGGUCUGAGUUUAAGGCACUGAACAGAUCAUCAAACUCUCCACAUAUCACCUCAUCACGGUCAUCAUAGUCUCUCAGCAUGGAAACAACCUGGCUGGCUGCAGGGAUAACCUCCGUGGAAAGUCACAGGAGGGCUGAGGUAUCUUCUGCAAGGUACUGCCAGCCAGUACGCAGAAGGGUCUCAACAAAGCUCAGUGGGCUUCAUUCAGCUGGUGCUGGCAUUACCCUCCUUUCCCGAGAGCAAAUGUCUAUGGAGCUUCUUCGAUAGAAGAAACAUUUGCCUUGCUCCCUCAGGCCUCCAUCCCCUCUGAGAUUCCUCAAGAGGAAGCCUGGGCUCACUGGACAUUGCUCCGCUGAGCUUCCUCUAAUCUCCUGGCACUGAGUCAGGAGCUUUGUUCAAGGAAAGGAAAAUGACGAUUGUGUGUACAAAUUGAUUCUAACUCUGAAGGAAGCAGUCAUCUAGGACCGUGUGGACAUCUAGGACCAUCCUGCUCAACCUAACAGUGCAGAGCACCGGGCAAGGGGAAAACCAGGCCACCCGAAGAAUCUCCUGAGGAAUUGGAGCCAUGGUGAUGGGAUCAACAAGCUCCAGAAUGACAGCAGAGAACUGGUACCUAUUGGUUACCAGAAAAUGGCAUGAUCUUCAAAAAAAAGAGAAAACAUUUCCUGCUGAAUAUUUCCUCUCUCCCCAACACUCUUGAGAUAGCAAGAGGCAGGAGAGUGAACUGAAAAGAAGAGGAUCCUACAGCAAGUUGCUGACCCAGCUUACAGCACAGCUGCCCUCUUUCAUAAAAUGGGAAGAAUCUUUUGUGCCUCUCUGUACCAUCGUCCUCAAUGCUCGGUAGCUAUCACAGAGAAGUUGCUAUUGUUAGCAAGUAAUCAUAAUUCCAAGAAGCCACCAGCUAAGGGGGUUCUGAUGGAUGCUUUUCUCUUUCUUCAGAAAACAAGUAAGACCCCUCUAUCUUGGAAAAGUCUGAUAAAUGUUCCCUAGAGGCUGCUAAGGAAGGGAGCCAUUCCACAUCCCAUGAUGGUAUGAGGGAUAAAGAACCCCGCCUGGGAAACAAGAGCAACACGGGGAGUGGGCUACAGUCCUGUCUCAGCCACAUGGCCUUGGACAUGUCCUUUAGCCUUCUGGGUCCUCUCUUUCUACCAAACAAGGAGGCUCUAAAGACCUUCCCACUUCAAUGACCUUGCCUUCACCUGGGGCAAAUACUAAGGCCAUCAGAGAGACGGCAGGGUUCUCGUUCCCCUGGGUCUUCCCCCAGCCCUGCUGACCUAGGAAGGCUACUGCCAACCCUCAGCCAAGAUCUACCUUCCCUCUUGAGGAUUGGUCAUGCUCAGAAAUCAGCUAAUUUGGGGGACCAACAUGAAACAAAACACACUGCAAGGAAACUCUUUGAUAAGCCCUCCACCUAGGUACACACACACACACACACACACACACACACGCACACAUCUACAGACACACUCAAUCCCUAAAGUGUAAGUAUUUUCCCUUCCAUGUAUCAAACCUAUUUUACCCUUUCUAACUGCCAGUGUGUUAGGAGAGAAUUCAAUCCCACUAAUGGAAAACACUGCUUCCUUUUAGGGAGCUUAGCUAAACCUCAGUGUUUGGGGGUGACCUUGGGCACAAGUUGAAGCUACAGGUCCCAAAACACAUUAACUGCAGCCCAGAAAUGUAGGCUCUACCAGCCGAGACUGAGGCAGUAAAUAGUUAGCACAGUGCCAGGGUCCAGAUCCUUCCCUCCUUGCUUGUCCACCUCCACUGCCUCCCCCACCCACAGAUAUGUUGUUCUGUGGUGGUGGUUGCCUGUUCCAGCCUGCCCGUCUGCCUGCACAGAGUGCCGUGGACUUAUUCUGUAAUGUACUGUGUAUAUGUAUGUCCUGACUGUGGUUUACUACAAAUAAAAAUGACAGCAGAUUGCUGACCUCUGA